UUCUGAUUUUACCUUUGGUAUAUCAACGAGCCUCAACUAGACCAGGCUCUGUCGGCAUUUUCAUUUAUGAAAAGUUCCAGGUGAACCCUCUUUCACAAUUUCCCAUUACAUGAGACCGAGACAUAUUGACAAUGUACGCUAGCAUAUCGCGAUAAUGAUAACGGCUUGCUGGACUGGCUAGAAUCACUCUGAUGCCGCAACGUAUCUGCAGCUUGAGAAAGUCGUCCAUUAUUCCACGAUCCACAUCAAUACAUAAUCUCUUUUGAUGAACCAAACCACAUCAACAUAUUUCAGAGCCUCUACAGUGCACAAAGAGCAGGAACGUUUGAAGAAAAGUCUUAUGAAGUACAACAAUUUCGUCAAGGAAAAGCAACAAAAAGUCCAAGACGGAGACCGCAUCUUCCAGGAGGAGAUCCAAUUUCAGGGUACCAUCCAGAAACAACUCGAAGAGAAAAGACUCUUGUGCGAGCAUUUGGAAAAAGCCAUGGACUUGAUCAAAUUGGCCGUGGAAAAGCGGGAGAUCUUUAAGAACUACUUACAGAGUGUGGUCGACUCCGAAGCAAGUACCAGAAAUAGGUACAAGGACAUUGGCGAAUUGAUCAAACGAUGCGAAACGUUGGUGAUAACUCGAGAUAAGUCAAAGAUGGCUUUACAGCGCCAUGAAGAAGCGAUCUUGAAGCAGAAAGAGGAAUUAGCUUUCUUCAAGGAAGCCCAAAACGAGCGCAUUCUUAAUCUCAGUUCUCGGCAAAAUGCUCUUCAGGAUGCUCUCUACCAAAUUCAAGCCAAGAAAGAGUCGAAACAACGUAUCCUGGACAACCAAGAAAAAUCGCAAGUGGAGAAGGAGCUACAAGUUGCAAAUAUUCGAUUGAGUGUCUUAACCCUGUGGCAAUAUGUGAACUCUAAAAAGGUCCAUUUGGCAAGUGAUCAAAAACGGUGUCCCAAGGGCGCCAACUUCUCAGCCUCGGCCAAAAAGAAUCGUCCUCCUAAUGACUUAGAGUCACAACUCGAAGCGGUGAAGGCCCAUAUUGAAGAUCUUCAGGUUGUGAUCGCUCGAGUUAAAAGAUCGGAAGAGGCUCAAGGGUACAUGAGUCCAUUGGUUACAAAUUCGGAGCUAAGAUUGGAUUACUGAGAAUUGUCUGAACCCACAACACCGUGUCUCGACCAACAACGGCAUUCAGAUUUUAUUGUCGCUAUUGGCUUCUCGAUUGUACAAUGUUACAUUGAAUUAACUUGAUAUUUCACCUGUAUGGAACCUGACAAUUUACUGCCUUUCCUUCA